AUGCACGUGUUGCACCUCGUUUUGGCCAUUGUGGUCGCCUUGCUUUCUUUCAACCAUGGAGUCACAAUCGCGGCCAAGACCGCGUUGAGGUCCGAUUCAAACGACUAUACGACUCUCAGAGUCGACAUUGCAAGUGAUGAGGCGGAAUUGGAAGAAAGGAGAGGAGGGAGAGGAGGAGGUGGUGGUGGUGGUGGUGGACGCGGAGGAGGGGGAGGAGGUGGUGGUGGUGGACGCGGAGGAGGUGGGCGCGGGGGAGGCGGGCGCGGAGGAGGUUGGGUCACAAGAGGAAGAGUGUAUCGAGGAUACGGAAGACGAAAAGAAGAUGAAGGGGAUGAAGUUAUCACUUUGCCACCCGGUACUUACGUGGGUCCAGAAUUCGGUGGUCCCCAUGGUGAAGAUUUCACAGACGCGGCCCUCGUCAAAUCUGGACAAAAAGUGCUGUCAAUCAACCUCCGCGCUUCCGAGCGCGUCGAUGCUGUCAUCCUCACCAUCGUGAGUCCGUCGGGGGAAGAGAGUACCUUAUACCACGGCGGUGAUGGCGGUGAGCUGAAAAAGCCCCUAGCGUUAGCUGAAGGUGAAUAUAUCACUGUCAUGGAGGCACACGCGGGUAAACAAAAAGGACACACGCGCGUCAAGUACAUCAAGUUCACCACCAAUAAGGGGAACUUUAUUGAAGGCGGAACACGGACGGACAAGAUUGGAACGGACACUGCGAAGGAAGGCUACCAGUUGGGUGGUUUCGAUGGCAGAGAAGGUGACGAGGUUGAUCUGAUCAGUGCCAUUUGGACAAGUAUUCAGCCGGUGGCGUAGUCGUGAAGUGCACUAGUGUCUGUAGCCAUGUAGGAAAUUUGGUUUUGGCUUAGAUCGGAAGCUUAGUGCAGUAAAACAUUCCUUGAGAAACAUGAUUUCCUG